CUUCUAGCUCGUGUGCUGGGGCUGUAUAUGAGCAGGUCUCGGCGAUUGAUCUCGCAAUUCAUGAAAGCUUUAGUUGGGUUUGUGGGAAGAGAUUGCAGCGCGGAGUGAAUUUGAACGUUUCUCAUGUUAAAGGUGGUCUAGAAGGAAAAUUCUGAGGUUGGGUUUCGUCGGGGAGGUGUGGUAGGAGGCAGACAAACAUGGCGGAGAGCAAUGGGACGAGCUUCGGCAACUACACGGCCACGAACUUGGACCGCGAGCUGUAUUGGCCGAACCAGAAGCUGCGAAUCUCCAUCACGGGCGCCGGAGGGUUCAUUGCGUCGCACAUCGCGCGCCGAUUGAAGAGCGAGGGCCACUACAUCAUCGCCUCUGACUGGAAGAAGAAUGAACAUAUGAGUGAGGAUGCGUUCUGCGAUGAGUUCCACCUCGUUGACCUGCGCGUCAUGGACAAUUGCCUCAAGGUCACCCAGGGCGCGCACCACGUCUUCAACCUCGCGGCAGACAUGGGCGGCAUGGGUUUCAUUCAGUCCAACCACGCCGUGAUCAUGUACAACAACACCAUGAUCAGCUUUAACAUGCUCGAGGCCGCGCGCAUCAAUGGCGUCUCUCGGUUUUUCUAUGCCUCAAGCGCGUGUAUUUACCCUGAGUUCAAGCAGCUGGAGACUGAUGUGAGCUCUUUGAAAGAAUCGGAUGCUUGGCCUGCUCUGCCCCAGGAUGCCUACGGACUCGAGAAACUGGCCACAGAGGAGUUGUGCAAGCAUUACACAAAGGACUUCGGCAUGGAGUGCCGAAUUGGGCGUUUCCACAACAUCUACGGACCCUACGGAACAUGGAAGGGGGGACGCGAGAAAGCGCCAGCUGCCUUCUGCCGAAAGGCCUUAACAGCUACGGAGUACUUCGAGAUGUGGGGCGAUGGCAAGCAAACCCGAUCCUUCACCUUCAUCGACGAAUGCGUGGAGGGAGUCUUACGGUUGACGAAGUCCGAUUUCCAGGAGCCAGUGAACAUCGGAAGCGACGAGAUGGUGAGCAUGAACGAGAUGGCUGAGAUCGUGCUCAGCUUCGACAACAAGAAACUUCCGAUCAAGCACAUUCCGGGGCCGGAAGGUGUGCGGGGGCGAAACUCGGACAACACACUGAUUAAGGAGAAGCUGGGCUGGGCACCCUCGAUGCGCCUGAUGGACGGGCUGGCUAUCACAUACAAAUGGAUCAAGGAGCAGAUCGACAAGGAGAAGGAAUUGGGCACCGAGCUCGCGUCCAAGUAUGGCACCUCUAUGGUGGUGGGCACGCAGGCUCCAGUGCAGCUCGGCUCCUUGCGAGCUGCGGACGGCAAGGAAAGCCAUUAAUCCAUCUCCGCAGCAGACCUAUUCCAUGAAUUCCUUCCCCCCUUUGAAAACUCAAAAACGAUGACACUGCGCAGCCAUUGUCCCAUGGAUCGAACAGCCUGUCGAUCAAAAGCUGGGUUAAGCUGGCGAAUUCCUCCCGUAUUGCGCACGCCUUCUCCAGCAUUCAAAUUGGCGGUGUUUCUUGCCCAUCGCUGCAAGCUUCACUGCGUCGACAUUGUCGGCCUUCAGGACCGAUUCCGCUGCCUGCGAGAUCUCUUUAUGUCUUCUGCUUCUUCUUUUGUUUUUGUUGUUUCUCAACUCUUCCUUCAUCACCGAUUUUGAAUCCUACGUGGUCGAAAAGCUUUCAAUUCUUGCAUGCUGGACCACGCGCGUGCCGUCACGCCGCAACACACACGCUUCCGAAAAGGGCCUUUUUCGGUAACAUGGCUUGUUAUUGCUGUCUACUUUAUGGGUGAACUCGAAUUCAUAUAUUGUCUUCAAGGCUUUAUGAGAUAGCUGUUGUUGCAACACGAGCGAUGAAAUGAUUUGAUUAUCUUCUGUGAAUAAAUGAACAGGUGUUUUUCAACAAAAACUUUUGGGUAUAGUGCACGAGAAUUGAUGUACAUGGGCAUUUUGUCAGGUUUUUUUACAAUUAUCCCUUAGUUUAUGUUUGUGUUUUCUUCCUUUGAAAAUUGCAUAUAGGAUAUUAGGGUGGAUAUUGCCUAUCUUGAGCUUCAUGGUAGUAGUCAAACAGCAAACUAUUUUCUGUAUCAAGUUGAUAUAUUAAAAGUAAUGCAAUUCUCUGCAUGAAUUGUAGACAAAUUUUGGUUUUA